GACCUGCUUGGGUUUCUCUCACCCAACACGAUGCUGUGGCACAAUUUCCAGCUGUUGAAGGCACUUCACAUCACGGAGGAGGAGUUCAAUAAACAGUUGAAUAGCUUCAGCUCUGGCUAGAGGAAACUGUGAAAUGAUCCUUUCACCUGACACCUCCUGACGUCAUGACCAGUGCGGCGCACAGCGCGCGGUUCUCCACUGCUCCGACAGAGUUGAUGAUCAGUGUCCGGGAUGGAUACCUGAAGGAUGGAAAGACGAUCGAUGGACUGAUCAAUCAAACUGGACUCACAGUCAGGGGACACACAGACACCUCUUCAGUAUUGAUUAUUGAUUAAUGAUUGCCUGCUGUUAUUGUGUUUGGAGUUAACGCUUCAAACCUGCAAGACUCUACUUUCUUCAUCCAUCCCCUCCUCCUCCGGGAUGAAGACUCCUCUCAGCCCCUCUCAGCUCCUGAAAAGGGGGCAGAUCUUUGCCUUCGGAGGGAUGUGUCAGGAGUUGAUGGACCCCCCAACACCUGCAACCAUCAGUGUCUCUGUCCAGCAGACUCCAUCCCCAGGUCAGGGUGGGGCCUUUUCGCUGUGUGAGGUGUGUAACUUGCAGCUGACAUCUGCUGCUCAGGCCCAGCUGCACUACAAUGGCAGGUCUCACCUCCGGAGAGUGAGACAGCUCCAGGCUAGAGAGACAGGACAACAGGCAGCAGCGGGGGCUCAGUCUAGGUCUCUUCCCCAGGCCACAGGGCUCAGCUCCCAGCCUGCAGGACUCACUCCGACCCCAGGCCUCAGUCCAAGCCUUAGUGCUUCAUCCAGCACGACGGCAGGUGGUGGGUGUGGUGCAGUGGGCGGGACAUUGCCAGGGCUAAUUGGCGCUAAUGGUCCCUCGGUAAUGAUGAAACCAUUCCUGUCGUUUCCUGUCGAGACGACAUCACCAGUCGGACUGUUCCCAAACUUCAACACGAUGGACCCGGUGCAGAAAGCUGUCAUCAACCACACCUUUGGCGUUACCUUUAUACCCAGGAAGAAACAGGUCGUCUCAUGCAACGUCUGCCAGCUGAGGUUUAACUCUGAUUCUCAGGCAGAAGCUCAUUACAGAGGCAGUCGUCAUGCCAAAAAGCUCAAGUCUCAGGAGAACAAGACCAAGGCCAAGCUGUCAAUCACUGGAGAGACAAAUGGGAGCAUCACAAGUCCUGUUUGCCCCACCCCUCUUGUCUCAGCUAACAGAAGCAACGAUCAGCACUCAGAUCUCUUAUCUAGCCCCACGGACUCCUUUCCUCUUAAACCCUUCCUCCUCCCCUCCUGCUCCCCUCUCUCCUCCGCCUCCCCCUCCUCUAGCAGACCAGGCAGUGAGCCUCCUCCCUCCAGUCCUCCCACCGCUCUCCCCGCCUCAGGCCUCUUCUCCUCUUCCCCUUCUUCCCAAGCUUCUCCGCCUCCCCCUCCUCCAGCUCCUGUCACCUCCUCUUCAUCCCCUGCUGCUCCUCCUCCUCCUUCCCAGGCCUCAACCCAGGAUGCUCCUCUCUCAGUGGAGUCGGAGGAGGAAAAAGCGAAGAAGCUGUUGUACUGCUCUCUGUGUAAAGUCGCCGUCAACUCUCUGUCUCAGUUGGAGGCUCAUAAUGCAGGCUCAAAGCACAAGACGAUGCUGGAGGCUCGGAGCGGUGCCGGGCCAAUCAAGGCCUACCCUCGAGCCGGAGCCAAGCUGAAGAACGGCAGCAGCUCUGCACUGAAGGGCUCCGGCCUACAGAACAAAACUUUCCACUGCCAGAUCUGUGAUGUCCACGUCAACUCUGAGAUCCAACUCAAACAGCACAUCUCCAGCAGGAGGCACAAGGACAGAGUGGCAGGAAAACCCAGCAAACCCAAAUACAGCCCUUAUAACAAACAGCAGCGCAGCUCACUUACUAAGGAGUUGGUGAAGCCCUCCCUCUCUCAAUCCUUCCUCUCCACUCCAUUUACUCAUCCGCCCUCCUCCCUCACCUCCACCAUCUCGCUACCUCCCUCCUCUCUCUCCUCCUCCCCCCUCCUCACUCCCACCUCCUCACCCCUAACCCCUACCAUCUCUCUCCAUCCUCGUCCUCCAACCUCCUCGUCCCUCUUCACCGCCUCCUUCCUGCGUCCGGCUCCUGGACCAAUCAGAGCGAGCCAAGGAUCAAUCCUCUUCACACCCUACUGAUGGCAGCGGUGGCGGUGAGGAGUCGAACUGUUGACCUUUGACCUCCAGUUUGUUGGAGUGAGGGAAGAGUCAAGAAGAGACGUCAGCUCUGCCAUCAAGGCUGCAGGGAUUCAAACCUGCAACCUUCUCACUUGACUGAGGCUUCAAAAGGAAACUUGAAAGGAGAGAACCUUCUCCUUCUGUCUGGAUCUUCUGUUCAGGUCUGAAACUUCACAGCUGACGCAACAGCAACCUGUGAUGAUGUUAUCCAAACCAGAAAGGAACAGAGGCGGAAAGGCUCCCACACAUCCUUGAAAACCUUGGAUUUUUUUUUUUUACAGUCAUGGAAAAGUCCUUCUUAGUAAGCAAUAGGUUGUCAAUAGUAAAAAAAAAAUCAGUAUGCUGCUUUUUUGUUGUCCCCAUUUAUUGUUUUGAUGCUCCAGAUUCAAAACAUCUAAAAGAAAGUAAAACAUUCAACUUGUGCAUGGAAACAUACAGUAGAGAAUAUUUAUAUAUUUUUUUUUUUUACCAAAAAAGUACCUCUUUGUGGCAGCCCAAAUGUACUGAAAAUAAAGCUGGAGUUUUUUUUUAAUGAAUUUAGUUUUGACUAAGGUAACCAGGAUCAGAACCAGGAUUUGUGAGGAACUAGAAUUGAAAAGCGGAAUUAAAAAAAUAUCUCAACGAUACCCGGAACCGAGACACAAAGGUGGACAAAUUAGUCAGGUCUGGUUGGGUCGGGUCCUCGGAGUUUGGAGGAGGUUGUUUCUGUCUAAACAAAUCUCCUCUGAAACCAGAAGCUCUUCUUGCUCUUGCUGGAGGAGCUAACCAGCACCAACCUGAUGUCAGAUGUCCUCCGUCAUGAACAAAUACUACUGCAGAUGUCUUCAUGUCAUGUUAACACUGGACUGAUGCCUCAGUUGUCCUCCCUCAGACGUCCCUGCACUCAUGUUCAACUCGUUCCUAACAUACAGCAGAAAAAUAAAUUAAAAGAUAAGGCAGGCAUUUUUCUAAAUUGUUCUUAUUGUUGACAAAUCCCAUGAAAAGACUAAAACCAACAAUGUGUUUGUCUCUCUAUACUUUACUUAAUCAAUACAUUUAACAUGCUUAUUCACUCUCCAUGAGAAAAAACUAAAUAUAAACAUUUCUCUGGUUGCUUUUAGUUAUUUUAGAGUUUAUAUAUAAACAUAUUCACCCAAAGCUUUUUCACAACUUUCAAACAACCGUAUGAUCUCUUUGGUGUAGAGACCCUAGAUUUGGUCCCAUUACCUUUCCUCCUAUUGCCACCCUCAGGAUACACAUGCUGCUUUUAGCUCUGCUAUUAGUAAGGCUCUAUGUACAGCUUAAUAUUUAGCAUGUUAUGUGUGACAAAAUAAUCUCAACUCACACAGCCACUAACCAGCUUUAUUCUGAGCUUUUCAACUGUUCAUUCAGUCUCUUGGGGCUGAGGUAUAUUUGUUAUUUUCGUUGUUUUUUUUUGUCGCCUUACACUCCACUUCUCCCAGUCGCUAUCACACAAUAUAUUCAUAUGUAUGUAUAUAUAUAUAUAUGACAGGAGCCUAUUACUAUCUUAGACCUGGUUAAUACACCACAUACAAUCACAUAUUGACUUUUGACAUCUUGGCACAGAGAAAGAAGUUGUUGUCUAACCAUGUGCAGUCUUAACACUUAACUUUGAAGGGCUAAAAUGCUUUGUUUUUAUAGAUAGUAUGGCUGCACGGAUGGGGUUGAAAGCUAAGAAAAAAAGCUCAUAAGUGGUGAGAGAUUGAGUGGUGGUGAGAGAUUAUUUUGUCACACAAACAGAUUUUCCCUGCUUAACGUCAGUAUAUCGUUUAUAUUGUAUAUUGUUUUUCUGUCCGUCAAUUUCAUAUUGUGUGUAGUGAACCCUGCAGUCUCUGGGGGGCACUAGCAGGAUUGUUUAAUGUUGGUCUGGUGUUCGCUAACAAACGACAUUGCUUUAGCUAGCAUUUUUUUGGCCUCCAGAAGGUUGUUUGACAGUCGUGAAAGAGCUUCACAGAACCAGGAGAAACCAAAGAAAACUUAACACGUUAAAGUUAAAGACAAAGUGUAAAAGCACCUCCUCCAAGAUGAUGUAACAGGAGGUUUUGUUGAGAGUCCACUUCACUUUGCAGGCUCUUCUCUUAUCGGCUAUCAGUAAUUUCAAUAAUUGAACCAAUAAGCAACUAAGGGAGAGUCACUUGUUCUGUUCUGCAAUCAAUUAAUUCAAAAACAUCUGAGAAAAUGAUGCUGCAUUUAUGUGCUCCUCGGAUGGUCCCAUUUCCUGAGUUGGGAAGUUAUAAUGUGGGAACAACAUGGACGCUACAAAGAUGUUGUAUUUUAUUGCUCAGAGCGUUAAAACAACAAGCUGUUUUGAGUGUUUAAAUCUAGUAUGAAGCUUUAUACUAGAGAUCAUCUUGCGACGUCACAACAGCCCUGAGGCUAAAUCGGACCAGAUGCGUAAAGUGGGGGGGGCCCUUUCCCUUUCCUUCCUACCCCCCUAUCUCCAGCGGCCUUGCUCGGACCACACCCAUUUUCAACCUUGCCCUUCAUUUUAAUGUCAACUACACACACACACCUGUAAAGUGCAGCCUGCUUCACGGGCUGCAGCGUGAAGCAGUCAGUGUUGAAAGGGUGUUGAAUCUAAAUGGGUGGAAAAGACUUAAAGGAUAAGUUCACAGGGUAUUUACAGCCAGUAUGGACAGGAGGAACAAUUACAUUGACCAAUAACUCUUUAAAUGAACAUAUGGGCAUGUGAGUGUUGUAUUAGUACUCUAUCUUUUUUUAAAGGAAGCACUUGAAAAUCUACAAAUAAAUGUCAGUAAAUUCAUUGCUGCUCUUUUUGUAAAUACAAAAACAUAUUUAUAAGCAGUUAUUUAAUUAGUAAGAAACAUUUCAAACUGUCUAAUGAACCGCAUACAAAUUGAGUGCACAAAGCAAUAAUCUACUAAGUCUAUAUCUAAAAAUUUUGGUUUGAUACUUCAGAAAUGAGUGCUAAUGAACGUCAAAGCCAUGCCGAUGAAAAGACAGUUUAAGGAACAAUGUGUGGGCCAGACUUUAAAGACUGGAUCAAAGAAAUUGGAAAUCAUAAAACAAGCAGAAAUCUUUGUAUAAUGAAAGUGUUUUUUUAUUUUCUAUGGUAACGGUCAAUAUUUUCCUGUUUGUCUUCCUGCCUCCUCCUGAAGAACUUGAAGCAUCUCAGUCUUCCAAUUAUGAACAAACAGAUUUAAGGACAUUAUGUGUUUGUGUGUUUAUCUAUGCAGUAUUUUGGUCUCAUGGUGAGGUAUCUCUUAUCCAUCACAUCAACAUACAAAAUGUAUCAAAAGAAGACAAAGUGUCAAUUCAAAUGUUGCUGAACUUAAAAAUGAAGCUCUGAACUCUUUAGCUGAACUUCCUUCUCUGUCCGACGAUGUCAUCAUGAUGCAAUAAUGUACAUAUCAACUGCUGCUUUUCUAUUUGCUCCGUUUCCUUAUCAGUAAUACUGAGGCCUGAGAGUCUUGAUACUGGAUGCGAGUCUUGACACUGGUCAAGUCUUGAUACUGGGCCAAGGGCCGAUACUGGGGCCGAGUUGCAAUACUGGAAUGAAACAAACAGGUAUGCACUGUUUGAAUUGAAGAGUUAUUUCUAGUUGACAUGAUAUAAACUUUUCCUUUUGGUUUAAACUGUCAAAAUGUUUUUGCUGAAAACUGAGAUUGUGAGUGUGAGGGCAUGCAAAUUGAAGUGUUUAAAGGAGCAGUUCACCCACACAGCUGCACACAGGGCCCCACUCUAAACCACACAGGAGUUGUUUUUAACACAUCUGAUUGUUAUUGAUUAUUGUUUAGAUGGAAAUGUAUUUGCGCCAAAUUUGUGUGUGUGUUUUCCCCUCACUAAAUAUAUUUAAAAAGAAUAAAUCCAGAUUUUCAAAAUCUAAGUUAAAAGCUGUGCUAGGCAAUUUAUUUUUGGCAUUGUUGGGCAAGAAUGUCAUAAUAAUCUUUCAGCAUGUUGUAAUUGAAGUGGUCUGAGAGAACACUAGACUUCUGUACCUCCUCUUGGCUCUGUUUUCAGGCUUUAUAGUGUGUUCCAUUUGUGCUCGGAAGUUGGAUUUUCCGAGGUUAAAGUCGGAAACACGCCUUCUGACCUCGGAUUUCCGAGCCUGGAACUCUGACAACCACAGAGUACCCCAAACUAAAGAUCCAACGUGGAUGCUCCAUGCAUCAACAGUAGUGAAAGCUGUAGUAAUAUACAGUUAUAAGCACUUAUGUGUUAUUUGUGUCUAGUCGUACACACAGCGCUGUCCAUAUAUCCAAGGCCGUACUGGGACUGAAAUUCAGCCCGGGACUUUAAGAUGUAGAGGCCUUUUAGGCGAGUGCCCUUGGUGCACAAGCAGAAGGAUUUUUUGCAGUUAUUUUAAUUCUAAUAGUGUUUUUAUGGUAUAAAGAGAAUCAGAUUACGCUGAAGACCUUCAAGAAACUUUAGGAUGACACCUGCCUCCUCAGGUUGUAUAAGCAAGUCACCACUGCACUGAACACAACCAGGUCAGCAAAACCUAAUCUCCAACACAUAAGUCACAGUAUACUGACUACCAGCAUGUCAUGUGCACAGUCAGUUGGAGUGAUAAAAUUGUUACAAAUACUCAUACUCGUAUACUCAAAAACUACAGUGCAGUCCCAUAAAAUAGAGAUUUGUGUGUGUGUGUGUGUGUGUCCUUACUUUCUCAGCUUGGCUCCCUGGCUCAGCUUGCCCUGUGAUGGACCCUGCCUCUGCUUACUGAUUGUGCAGCUACAUAUGCAUGAGAAGAACAUCAGUUAUAAAUAUGACCAAGAAUAAAACAUUUUCUAAUUCAA